CCUUUUUCUAGUCACAGUGUCAUCUUCCGCCAUUGUUGGCCUGCAAAAUAAAAUAGAUCGAUCAACAUUUCUUCAUUCUUCACUUAGCAAACAAACCAGUGAAUCUCAGUUGCAUAGGAUGCAAAAAAUGGCAAGAGGGCAACCACCUAAUGCAAUGAAUCAGCCAGCUGGCAAGAAGAUCCCUUUUGAACUGCUGCUACGUGUUAUAACACCACAGCUUGACAAAGAGAGGGCUAUGCAACUCCGGGGCCUAUAUGUUCAAUUAAGGAGCAAUAAAUUUAAUAAAGAAGAAUUUUUCCGGCACUUGCGAAGUCUUGUAGGAGAUCAUAUGCUGAAGAUGGCAGUCUAUAAAUUACGACAAUGGCAGCGGACUGCUAAACCAAGCGUGGAUAAUAAUGCUCAAAAACAACGAUUAUUGGAACAACAAUCAGAUUCACAUGUAGUACAAGUGAGCCAUAACUCUUCAUCGGCAUCUGGAAUUAACGCAAAGACUCCCCCUAAAAAGCCGACUGUUGGCCAGAAAAAACCGUUAGAACCAUCUGUUUUUUUCCUAAAUGACAUUAAAAAGUCUGUUAAGUUACUGUAA